UGUCGCGAAGUAUACACAAAACGAAAAAACCGUCGCGUACUACCAAUUUUCAUCGACAGCAAAGAGUGCAUCUAAAGGAAAAAGGUACGUAGCAUUGGUUUUACGGGAUUUGCACUCGUCUCGAACUGUGGCACACGCCUUUGACAAACGCCUCGUGCAUGUAUCCAGUGGAGGUGAAGAUGAACACGAACGAAAAGAGCAUACACGAGAUGCUGAAAAACACUCCGUCCAUGAACGACAGCACCGAAACGGUGCACACGGGUUCCGAGCAGCAAACCAAGCAAACUAUAAAGCACUCGACCACCCUGACCCUGAGAAACGUAAGCAACCAUCACAGUCUUUCGUCUCCGACGUCCGUUAGCCUUGAAGAUGAAUCGGCGUACAUCAAGAACGGUUCCUCGAAGCUCGACACGUUCCGCAACUGGAGCAUCACCACAUACAAGUGCACCAAACAGAUCAUGCUGGAGAAACUGGGUAAAUCAACGCGUACCGUCGAUCUAGAGCUAGAAGCCCAAAUCGAUCAGUUGAAGGAGACACAGAAAAAGUAUCUAAGCAUACUGCGUCUGUCACGUGCGUUCACGUCGCACUUUUACAACUGCAUGCAAACGCAGAGCCUGCUGGCGGAAACGUUCUCCGACUUGGCACAGAAAAGCCCAGAGCUGCAGGAAGAGUUCCUGCGCAAUGCGGAAACGCAGCGCAUUCUCACGAAGAACGGUGAGCUGCUGCUGAACGCACUGAACUUCUUCAUUUCGUCCAUCAAUACACUUUGCAAUAAGACGAUCGAGGACACAUUGCUGACUAUUCGACAAUAUGAACUGGCCCGGGUCGAGUAUGACGCUUACCGGGUGGACUUGGAGCAGCAGCGAACUAGCGGAGGCAAUGAGCAGCAGCAGCAGCAAAAGUACUCCAACGACGAAGUGCAGAAGAAAUACGAAAAGUGCAAGGAACAGUAUGAGAAACUGCGGUCAGACAUCGUGGUUAAAAUGCAGUUUCUCGAGGAGAACAGGAUUAAGGUUAUGCACAAACAGUUGCUACUCUUCCACAACGCCAUCGCCGCAUAUUUUGCUGGGAAUGCGAAUGGCCUCGAGAAGACGUUACAGCAAUUUAACAUAAGUUUUCUUCUGCGUUUCGUUAUAGCUCAAGAGUCCCAAUUCCGUGACAAGCUCCUGGCUGGAACAGUAAUAGUCGCACGUUCAAAUCGCUGCGUUUGAUGCGCAUACUAACUUCAUUGUCAUUAAAAGUAUUCCGCUGAAUGUAUUUUUUCGUUGGUCAAAAGUCGGAGUCAUACUCAAAUGGGUAAUUGAAUGUAGCAAAGGACCGCAUCGACGCGGGCGUUUGCGGAGAUUAGCAUUGCCAACUGGAAAGUGUCAGUGUGAAUGAAAAACCGGAAGAUUUCCUAAUUUACGAGAUUCAAACGUUAGUUUAAAAUAAUGUAUGUCACUCCACUUCUAGGUUAACGUAAUUGAAUAAUUAUUUAUUUCGUUUUCUUCAACGCAAUGCACCUAAGGGAUGUGUAACACACUGUAACACAACAUGUGUAACGAACUAACACACUGCACGAUUCCGUCGCCGUUACUGUUAAGAAAUGUUUAGAAGUUGAAUUCCUCCAUCUUAUUGCUUUUGCUUGACAAAUUUGAGUAACGCUUGAUAUUUACAGUGAGAUUUUCUGUAGCCUAGUCAUUUAUUUGUUUUUAGUAUGAUGGUCUUUCGUUUUGUGGUACAAUAAUUAUUUGUAACCGACCUUGCACCUAUAAGGCAGUGAGUCAAACGACGGGGGGUUUUGCGAGCAAUAGAGAUCUGCAGGUAUAAUUGCGGAUCAGCUUACAAUGCCGGCAUGAGCAAGUUCGUCGAAUGCGAAUGAAUGAACUAAUUUUGUUGCAGGUUCAGGGUAAUAAUUGAGCAAACCAUAAAAAAUCUUUCGGAAUCGCACAACACCGAAUAAAACACCAGUCGUAGAAAUCGCUACAUUCACACCAAACACGCGUUACACUCGUCGAAGAUACAUAAAACGUCACAAAUGGUGCAAGGUAAGAAAUAGCAGGGACUCAGUACCAGGGAUAGUUAUUAUGGGAAUCGCGAAGCUGCAAAAAAUGGUGAUUGUAUGGAUUGAAUAGUAAAGAUGAAUAUUGGGCAUUAAAGCCAUGGGGAAAAUACUUUUUAUUUUUCGUAUAUUCCAAUGUAUCGUUUGUAUGUAUCCAAUGUAACUAGCUUCUCGAAAUGUAAUAAAUAAAAAUGGGACAAUGGAUCUCCAACUCAAAGGAG